ACAUGAAUACGAAAGACGACUGAGCCAAUGAGAGUUAAGGACUCAUGUAGCACCGCCUCAAGUCCAGCCCAGUCCCGUUUUCUAGGAUCUUCUCUGGGAUCUGAAUCCAUCCAUCCUCUGCUCUACACCGCUGAUCUAAACCAUAAACAGAUUCACGGGUGAGGCGUCGUUUGACCAGACAGAACAGAAGAAAAGAUUUUCUCUUUCUGAGAAGCCAAAAAUCAAGCGGAAAGAAAAUGAAUGACAGAGGAUCGGUUUCAUCUGAUCUCAGGAUUGUUCUGGUGGGUAAAACUGGAUCAGGAAAGAGUUCAUCGGGAAACACCAUCCUGGGCAGAGAGUAUUUUAGCAAGGCUGUUUCACCAGGAUCAGUUACUAAGAUCUGUGAGAGAAGAGAAGCACAGAUUGGUGACCGGAUCAUCUCAGUCAUCGACACUCCAGGCCUGUUUGAUACAACAUUGACAACACAGAAAAUGAAGGAUGAAAUAGUGAGAUGUGUUGAUAUGUCUCUUCCUGGUCCUCAUGCGUUUCUGCUGGUCAUCAGACUGGGUGUGAGAUUCACAGAAGAGGAGAGAAACACAGUGAAAUGGAUUCAGAAGAACUUUGGAGAAGCAGCUACUCGAUACACCAUCAUUCUGUUCACUCACGCUGAUUAUCUGAAGGGAAAACAAUUAGAUGAGUACAUCAGUGAAAGUAAAGAACUCCAGGAUUUUGUUAAUGAGUGCGGUGACAGAUAUCACCCAUUUAACAAUGAAGACAAGGAGAACCGCAAUCAAGUCACAGAACUGCUGGAGAAUAUUGCGAUCAUGGUGGAAGAGAAUGGAGGACAGAACUACACUAAUGAGAUGUAUGAAGAUGCUCAGAAAAAGAUAAAAGAUAGAGAAGAUUUCUGGUCUGGAAAUCCUCGUAUUGUGCUGCUGGGUAAAACUGGAUCAGGAAAAACCAGUGCAGUUGAAAUAAUCCUGGGCCAAAGGAGUUCUGAGAGUAACACUGCUACUGAAACCAGUGAGCUAAAACAAGCUUGUGUGGCUGGAAAAAGCAUGAAAAUAUUCGACACUCCAGGACUGAUUGAUGCACCAGAAGAGAAGAUGAAGGACAAAAUAGAGAAGUUUGUCCGUAUGUCUGCUCCUGGUCCUCAUGUGUUUCUGCUGGUCAUCAAACUGGACAUGAUAUUCACAGACGAAGAGAAAAACACAGAGAAAUGGAUUUGGAAGAACAUUGGAGAAGAUGCUUUAUGUCACACCAUCAUUUUGUUCACUCACGCCGAUCAUCUGAGGGGGAAAUCAUUAGAUCAGUAUAUCAGCGAGAGAAGCUUUCUUCAGUCACUGGUCAGCAGAUGCGGUGGCAGAUUUCACUCAUUCAACAAUCAGGAUAGAGACGAUCACAAUCAGGUCUCAGAGCUGCUGGAGAAGAUUGAAAACAUGGCAGAGAGAAAUCAAUGGGAGCACUACACAAAUGAGAUGUUCGAAAAAAUGAUGAAAAGAAAGCCAUUUAAUGAAAUUCUAGAAAAAAACCUGAAUAAAGUCGCAGCAGGAGCUGUUCCAGUAGGUGUAGGUGUAGGAUCCAUAGCAGCAGGAUCUGUCCUGGUAUUAACAGAGCUGAUCAUAGAACCACUGCUAAUAGCUAUAGCUACAGGAGCUGCGUGUGUGGCUGGAGCAGCUCGAGUCUUUGUCUGGAAAACAAUUCACAAUUUUUAUGACAUUGUGGAUAGCAGGGAUUAAAGUUCUCCAAAAUCUCACUAAUUAUCUCAUAAUAAACAACAAAGUGCAGAUAUGAUAUAAGCAUUAGUAUUGGAUCUUUGCAUUAGGUCUUAAAGUGACAGCAGCCUAAUACACCUGCUUCUGUCUGUGUCAUUAAUGUUAGUCAAACAACAAAAGACAAAUAGAAAAUCACUCUCUACUCUUGACUGAAAAACUUUUAACUAAGGAGUAAUCUAUACUUAGAUUAUACAAUGCAGUGUCAAUUUACAAUUUGUGACAGUGUCAAUUUGAUUAUUCAAUUUCUGUGCCUGACCAACACCAUUUCAUUAAUUUGUAUCUUUGUUCUGUUGCAUUUAUUAGGGAUAGUGCUUGUAAUUGGUUUAUUUGAUGUUAUUCAAUUACUGACUGUUUGCUUGUCUUUAAUAAUGCUUUAUUUUAAUUAGAGUAAUAUUUGAGAAAUUCCACUGUUAUCUAUAAUUUUGGUGUCUUUAUUUAUUGCAAUGCAAGCCCUGCAAACAAGCCUGCGGUGGCCCUUUACGGGCCCACUUACGGCUAGCCUAAGGGCCCCCAGUGGGCUGCCAGCUCAGGGCCUCUGAGACUUCGCUUAUUGGCAAAAUGUUGACCCUUUAGCACUGGCCCUGCACGGGCAGCUCUCACUAGGCCCACACAGGGCCCGCACUAUUAAUCUACAACAAUAAACCUGUUUCACUAUAAAUACUUUUCAGCUACUAUAACUUAAGUAUUUGUGAAAAACAGUUAUUAUACAUCUGAAAUGGAUGCAGUCACCACAUAAUUUCUGUAUUGUCAAAAAUGUACAGUAGUCAAAGUGAUUUCAAGUCAAUGGGUUUAUUAAAUACAAAAUAGACAACAUUCAAUUCAGGUUAAUACUGCUAAUUUAACACUUUCAAAGGGACUACAUAUUAUCUAUACAAAUAUAAAAUUAACACAAAUGAACAAAAAUAAAAAGACCUCUGCUGAAAAUGUUUUGAUGUGCUAAAGUAUUCACUGGCGAAGCUCACUCUUCCCCUGUGGUCUCUCAACUAGUCAGCAGACGGUGGUAGCACUGCUUUCGUCCACCCGCUUUGUCUCUUGAAUUCUGCAACCACACCUUUAUCUCACUCUCAACUUCAGAAUCAGGAAGACUUGGCUGAAAGGGGCAUUUUCAACCAGCCUCUGAAAAGCAAAGCGGCCUAUAUCAGGGAUCCUCAAAUCUGGCUCAUGAGACCCACUUUCCUGAGUUUAGCUCCAACUUUGAUUAAUCUCACCCAUCUGUGAUUUUCUAAUGAUCCUGAAGACACUGUUUAGCAUGCUCAGGUGUGUUUGAUUAAGGUUAGAACUAAACUCUGCAGGAAAGUGGAUUUUGUAAGCCAGAUUUGAGGAUCCCUGACUAAUAUGUAACAACAGCCCAGCUAAAAGAAUUGUGUUAUAAGAACGUUCUCCAAAUAUUGAGCGUUGGUUCUGGGAACAUAAAAAAAUGUCCAGUUUUCUUGACGUUAGAGCAACGUUUUUAAAAGGUAUGAUGUUCCUCAAAUGUUCUUUCAACUUAAUUUUGAUUUAAAAUUCAACAUUCUAGGAAUGUUGAUUUGUAACAUUCCAAGAACAUAAAAAUAUUCAGUUUCCUUAAUGUUAGUAGAAUGUUGUUUAAAGGUUAGUAUGAUGUUCUUGAAACAUUCUUUCAAUCCUUCAAACACCUGCUGUGUACUCAAAUCUGAAUAAUAAACUGCAAAAGACUGCUUUUUAAAAAUGAAUCCUGUGUGUUUUUGUGUCAGAUGCGUGGUUUCAUCUGUGACACUAACUCAAGCACACGUGGUGCUCACUCUUUUCAGUGUCUUUUGUCUCAGCUUUAUGAAGAAAUUAACUUCUUCUUUAUGAAUCUCCAGACCUGUUCUGAUAAUAAUAAUGAUUAUAAAGAUAAUACUAGAUUUUAUAUAAUAUAACUUAAAUAUUUUUGAAAACAAUAAUCUUUUUUUUUAUACAGUUAACCUCUGCUGUCCAGCACUUUGUUUGCCCCAAACUAAAAAGAUGUGUUACU